CGGGAAAGCCGCCCCCAGCCAGCGGCUGUGGGCUGCUGAGGUCAGAGACGGACGCUGUCGGACCAGUUUGGAAAGCAGCAGCAGCAGCAGCAACCUGGGUUUGCCCUUUCAAAAGUGCGUGCCAGCAUCCGCCAGAGUUUUACUCUGCUCACCACAAUUUUUGAUCCUUCGUCGCCCAGGCGUCCCCAGGGUGUUUGCUCUAGCAGGGACCAGAGUUCCAAGGAUAUGAAUGAGAUGUCUUUCUGGACUGUUUCAAGUGGGGAAGAUGUCCCCGAUCUCUGACCAAGUGGUGUCGAAAGCCUCUGCUUAAAACGUAUCCAGGACCAAAACCCCCCAACCAGAAUACUUGGGCAUUGGUGCCAUGGCUGUGAACGUGGAAGAUGAUGACGUCCCCCUUAUUCUCACCUUGGAUGAAAGCAGAGGCCAAGUCUCUGCACCGGAGGAGUUCCCCAGUGAAAAUGGCGGCAGCUAUGACUUGAUCAAUGAUGUCCCCAGUCCAGCUGCUGGGGACUGCUACCCUCAACGAAGGUGCAUGAGGCACAACUGGGAAAUGAACUACCAAGAGGCAGCCAUCUACCUCCAGGAAGGAGAAAACAAUGACAAAUUCUUCACACACCCCAAGGAUGCCCAAGCUCUGGCAGCCUACCUCUUUGUCCACAAUCAUCUCUUCUAUCUAAUGGAGCUGUCUACGGCACUGCUGCUCCUGCUGCUGUCCCUCUGCGAGGCGCCCGCGGUGCCCAUGCUUCGCCUCGGCAUCUAUAUCCACGCAACCCUGGAGCUGCUCGCCUUGGCAAUAGUAGUGUUUGAACUGUCCAUGAAAAUGAGAUGGUUGGGCUUCCACACCUAUAUUCGACACAAAAGGACCAUGGUCAAGACCUGUGUGCUAUUGCUGCAGUUUAUUGAGGCGAUAGUGGUGUUGGUGCGCCAGACUUCACAUGUCCGGAUCACGAGAGCCUUGCGUUGUAUCUUCCUGGUGGACUGUCGUUACUGCGGAGGUGUCAGAAGAAACCUACGACAGAUCUUUCAGUCUCUUCCUCCAUUCAUUGACAUUCUUCUUCUCUUACUUUUCUUCAUGGUCAUCUUUGCAAUCCUUGGUUUUUAUUUGUUCUCUCCUAACAAAUCGGACCCUUACUUCAACACCCUGGAGAACAGCCUUGUGAAUCUCUUUGUUCUUCUGACUACUGCAAAUUUCCCUGAUGUGAUGAUGCCAUCGUACUCCCGAAAUCCUUGGUCCUGUGUCUUCUUUAUUGUGUACCUUUCCAUUGAACUGUACUUCAUUAUGAAUUUGCUACUUGCUGUGGUGUUUGAUACCUUCAACGAUAUUGAAAAGAUGAAGUUCAGGUCGCUGCUGCUUCACAAGCGCACAGCCAUACAGCAUGCCUAUCGACUACUUGUCAGCAAACAGAGACCUUCUGGAAUCUCCUUUAAGCAGUUUGAUGGGCUGAUGCAAUUUUAUAAACCUCGGAUGAGCUCCAGAGAUCGUUACCUUACUUUCAAAGCACUGAAUCAAAGCAAUACCCCUUUAGUCAGUCUAAAGGAUAUGUAUAAUUUCUAUGAAGUUGUUGGCUUAAAAUGGAAGGCAAAAAGGAACCGUGAACACUGGUUUGAUGACCUUCCACGAACAGCAUUCUUCAUUUUUAAAGGCAUUAACAUACUGGUGAAUUCCCGAACCUUCCAGUAUACCAUGUAUACUCUGGUGGCAGUGAACGGCCUUUGGAUCUUAGUGGAGACCUUCAUGCUGCGAGAUGGAAUCUUUUCUCGAGAUGUCCCAUGGAGUUACAUUGUCUUCCUUACAAUCUAUGGGGUAGAGGUGCUGCUGAAGAUCACUGGAUUGGGGCCUAUAGAGUACCUGUCCUCGGGCUGGAAUUUCUUUGAUUUUUCAGUCACCCUCUUUGCCUUCUUGGGUCUCCUGGCACUGGCAUUUGACAUGAAACCCUUCUACUUCAUUGUAGUUCUGCGGCCAUUGCAGUUGCUGCGGCUGUUCAAACUGAAGAAACGCUACAGGAAUGUUUUGGAUACCAUGUUUGAGCUCCUUCCAAGGAUGGCCAGCCUAGGCUUAACCUUGCUUAUCUUCUAUUAUUGUUUUGCCAUCAUUGGCAUGGAAUUCUUCUCAGGAAAACUUUACCCAAAUUGUUGCAACAGCAGCACAGUGGCAGAUGCAUAUCGCUGGGUGAACCGCACCGUUGGGAACAGGACAGUGGUGGAAGAAGGCUACUAUUAUCUCAACAACUUUGACAACGUUUUGAACAGUUUUGUUACGCUGUUCGAGCUGACAGUCGUCAAUGACUGGUACAUCAUCAUGGAAGGGGUGACAUCAGAGACCUCUCAUUGGAGCCGCCUCUAUUUCAUGAUUUUCUACAUCGUGACCAUGGUGGUGAUGACCAUAAUUGUAGCCUUUAUAUUGGAUGCCUUUGUGUUUCGCAUGAACUAUACCCGGAAGAACCGUGAUUCAGAAGAAGACAGUGGUAUUGUAUUCGAGAGGGAGGUCUCCAAGGAAGAAAUUAUUGCAGUUGCAGAGCUGUAUGGGAGGAAUUCUGCUGCCUCAGCUGCCAGCCAGCUGCUGAAGGUCAUUUCCCAGAUGGACAGGCACCGACAAACAUCCAUGUUGUUCCUGGGACGGAGAUCAAGGACUAAAAGCGACUUGAGUAUGAGAAUGUACGAGGAAGAGAUACAGGAAUGGUAUGAAGAGCAUGCCCGGAAAGAAGAAAGCCAGCUUCUAUGGCCAGAAGAUGAGCAGCUGCUCAACCAGCCCUUGCAGCCCCCUGGCCUCCGGCAGCGUGCUCAAACUGUUAUCUAGGCCAGGCUAGCCCCAGCUGCUUCGACCUACGCAUUAGCCAUUUCAUGUUCCUUACCUUCCAAUGUAUGUACUGAAUUAAUGCAUAGCGUAGAGUGGAAGCAAGACUUCUUCUGGGGUUCUUUUGGUUAAGGGGGACCAGGAGCAAAAAGCCCACGGACGGGCUAGAGACUGUCAGGCAUUUUGGACCAGAGUGGGGGGCUCCAAGGUACAUCCUGAAACCUGUUUAGCAGACUGGCUCAAACACGAGGGUGGCGUGGUACUACUUAACCCGUUAUGAGGAGGGGUAUUGAUCAUGUAUACUUGUGGGAUUUGUAUCAUGCAAGCAAGGAGCUUCAUUUUGCUAAUUCCCCAUAGGCAGUCCACUGUGUGUGGAUGGCUAAAGUACCUAAAUGAGGUUGCCUUCCUAGGAGUGGCUGGCUGCCAUCAGUAUUCUGGAAAGACCACUAGCAUUGACAGUUCCUGAAUUUAUUCGCAUUGACAUAAAUGGAGCAAGGCUGUUUGGUUUGUAAUAGGACUACUUCUGUCCUUUAACUGCUCCCAUAGAUGAAUUGAGCUCCUGGCUUCAAUAAGCUGUGGAGCACUUGGUCUCCUAACAAGGUUUGUUUCCUGAUAGGCAUAAACCACUUGCUUUUCAACUUUACCCCAGUUUGGAAAUUGAUAUGCCAGGAUUCUCCUCUAAGGGGAAAUUUUCUCAUCCCUUGUGGUAUCGAUGGUAUACAAAAAUCCAUCACCUUGCUAUUACAACCCCAGAGAUAAAUGUAUAAUGUUGCUGAAGCUGCCUUGGCCAUGGCAGGUUUUAAAGCAAUAAAAGGAGAAAUGGCCAGACUUGGAGUCAUUGCACAGGGCCCUUUGGUUGGGUGUGAUAACUUGUAUUUUGCGGAAAAAUCUCAAGCCUUUUGUUAGUCUCAGGUGCUCUCAUAAUAAGGGGAAAGUAACAAGCGAGCCAUCUUGACUGUGUGUGUUUGCAUGCCAUAUCCCUUAUUAGUCUCUGAAAAUACUGGAAAGUUGCCUUCUGAUCAAUAUUGCUGGCAGAAUAGAGUAGCACCUGUCUUCAGGCCAUCACUGAAGCCCCAAACAGCUACCUGUUUAUGGAGGACAUUCCUUCCUACUUUGUGAUUCCCUUCCAUUUGCAUUUUGCUGUUUUGAGUAUCCCUUCCAAUAUGUAAGAGAAAGGAAUUCAUGAAUUUGCUUAGCUGGACAAGCAGGGUCUUGAGAUCAGGGAGACACAAAGGUGUCUCCCUGAUCUCAUUAGGGCAUGGGCAUAACCCCGUAAAAAACAUCAAUUUUCAAGGGACCACACCUCACCUUUUCUUCUGCAUUUUUAUUUGCUAAUGGAAAAUUUGUUCUGACCUUACUGUGGUGAAAGUGAAGUUUCUCCUUCUUGACUUAAAACAAAAAGCCCUAAAAUGUCUUUUAUGAAGACCAAUCACAACAUAGUGUGUGGGCUUUUGAGUAGUGGAGAAUUAAUAAUCUGCUUGGAUUUUUUAAAAGUCUAGACGGAUAUAGAGUUUUUGAGUACUCAAACGUGUGCACAUUGGUUGUGUGUUGUUUUGGUUGGUCCUUAAUAGAAGGUAUCAUAGGGUUUUUGUUCUUGGGUCUUGCUUUGGGCCCACGUGGCUACCCUGUAACCUUUACUUAUCUAAACCACUAACCAAAGGAGCAAACAUAGAGAGAGCAUCUCUCAAGUGAGUCGUGUUUAUCCAACUGUUCAUGGACUUCCCUGCUUCUCCCUCUUGCUGCCCUUGAAAUUCAUUCCUGAGGGUCAGUGGAUUCUCAAGAACCCCCCAAGGGGGCAAAAUGGAGGUCUGUACUGGAAGAUGGAAUGUUGGCAGAAGGCACUGCUCCCUCUUCUGUAAAUAGAAAUGCCUUUUGGACAGAGGAACUUCAGGGUUGGAUUUGUGCCAGUGAUUCACUGGGCUGAGUUCAGUUCUUAAAAGUGUAUUCCCUAACAGCUGAGUGCAAUUUCAGAGUUUGUUCUACAAAGCAGAAGUACAACUGGAAACUUAAUGUGCAGAAAGCAGUCAAGUGGCUUUUAAAAACACCCAACACUGUAACAGGAUUUGGCUGUAUGCAGGGGUGGACUGGACUGGCCAUUUAAUUUUUAGGGAAAUUUCCUAGUGGCCCACUGGGGUCCAGGAGCAAGCAGACUCAGGCGCUAGCAACACGGCUUGGAUCCUUCAUUGGCAACAUUGAUCAAUGUCAUCUCACAAGUUACUUUCUCCUGCAUUGCCAUCAGGUUGUGGGAGGAAUCAAUGGGAGACUCAGUGCCCGUCGUUGGCACCACUAGCUUGUAGCACCUCAACUUACUGCAGAGCUGCUUCCACUUUGCAGUCCACCCCAGAUGUAUGCUUUGGAGUAGAUGCAAUUGUUGGGAUGGACUGCUGAUAAGGCAGUCUGUCCUUCAAUUAGUACUGUAACUUUUUGAAGGGAAUUUGGUUUUAAUAAGCUAAUGAUAAGGCCAGAAGCUACUUUCUUCCAAACUUCUUAUAGGGUGGAAGGAAAAUAAUUUUUGGAGUAUGGGGCAUCCCCUUCUAACUAUCCUCUCUUUGGUAUUCUGUUGACACACUUGACUUCAGAGACAAUCAUUACAAGGGAGGAGGCACAUGCAGGGUUUCUUAUAGUGGCAGUUUGUAUGGAGAUUGUAACGAUAAUGUCUGACACAGUAUUAUAUUUCCAGACACACUGAAAUAAACCUUUUUAAAACAUGAA